UUCCCUCCUCUCGCCUCGACGCCGCUGCUGCCGGCGGCGUUGUUGUCACUGCGAAGCGCCUUACGUGGCCGGACUUCUGCGCUGCGCUCCGCCCGGCCCGGCGGAGGAGGAGGAAGGCAUCCCAAGGCAGGCUCCGUCAUGGAGGCUCGCUACAAUCUCAAAAGCCCCGCUGUAAAACGUUUAAUGAAAGAAGCUGCUGAACUGAAAGAGGCAACAGAUCAUUAUCAUGCCCAGCCUUUAGAGGACAAUCUUUUUGAGUGGCAUUUCACUGUAAGAGGUCCUCCAGAUUCAGAGUUUGAUGGAGGAGUUUAUCAUGGAAGAAUAGUGCUACCACCAGAAUAUCCUAUGAAACCACCAAGUAUUAUUCUCUUAACGGCCAAUGGUAGAUUUGAAGUGGGAAAGAAAAUUUGUUUAAGCAUCUCAGGACAUCAUCCUGAAACAUGGCAACCAUCUUGGAGCAUAAGGACUGCCUUGCUUGCUAUUAUUGGAUUUAUGCCAACAAAAGGAGAAGGAGCCAUAGGAUCUUUAGAUUACACACCUGAAGAAAGAAGAGCAUUGGCUAAGAAGUCUCAAGAUUUCUAUUGUGAAGGAUGUGGCUCACUUAUGAAAGAAGUCCUCUUACCAUUAACUUCAGGGAGUGCCUCAAGCCAGGCUGACCAAGAAGCCAAGGAACUUGCCAGGCAAAUCAAUUUCAAAGCUGAAGGUAAUGCAUCUAGAAAAUCUGUUACUGAACCUUUAGAUAUGUCAGAAUUUAAUCACCUUGGGAAUUCCUCUGAACAUCAACAAGAAAUUACAACUCCAGCAUUCCAGGAUACCAUCACCAGUGAAAUGUCUGGAAAUCCAACCAACUCUGCCACUUCAAAUCAAGAAGAGCUCCAUUCUCAACCUGCAUCCAAUAAUACUUCAGUGAGCCCUCGCCAAAGACAUAACCAACACAGAAGAGCACCAGGUUCAACCAACUUCAAUCAGGUUCAGCAGCCAAGAGUCAACACAAGCCACAUGGGAUCAAAUAUGCUGAUUCUCCUUCUUGUUUUAGCAUUGGCAGUACUAGUCGUUAGACGUAUAUUUCUAGCCAAUGAGUAUGUAUUUGAAUUAUGAAAUUCUUUUAUUUUGAAGACCAGUGACUUGAACGUGUUAUUGAAAUGUUCUAUGUUUGGUAUGUCAUGAGGAUUGUUUACAUAAGAUUACUUUUUGUAUUUUCUCAUUUUAAAAGUGAAUGCCAAUGUACCUGAGGGGUACAUUAAUAUUUUCAAGGAAUAUACACUUUGAUAGUGGUGAAAGUAUGAAUGAUUAAUAAUCUGUACAAACUGACAGAUUACCCAAAAUGUCUUUUGAGAAUAUUCUGCAUUAGCAGGAUAUUUAAGGGUGAAUGGACUUACUGCAUUGUGCACAAGCUUUGAUGGGUACUUUUAACUGACAGAGCCCUAAAAUUGUGUUUUAUGCCAAUAUGGAUUUAUGGAUAAUUAUUCAAAAUAGCAGGAAAAAAAAGGUUUAUUCAUGAUAGGGCUCCUUAAAUUGAAAUGCAGAAAUGUUUGCAUAGUAAAUGUUAUUAAAUAAAGGAAAGUUGGUAAUAUAUAGUAGGCACAUUUAUUUCCUACAUAAAAAUUCCAGGAAAUGAAAUGCUGUAAAUUGUGAGCAUUUUUUUAAAAAAAGUUGGGAGAACCAGAAUAUACUUUACUUUUUACUUUUAAUUGUCCUGAGCCUAGAAUAAUCUUUUGCAAGUUUUGAAGGCUACUUUUAAAAUAUUCAGUUGUGUAUAUUUUGCUUUUUUAAAAGCUGAGAAUCCCCCAAAUUGUUAUGUAAUAUUUACCCAAGCAUUAUUGACUAUAACUUAUUUGAGAAAUAUACAUAAUGCAUUGAAUUGAUUGUUCAUGUCCCCAUCAUUAAAAAAUAAAAUGCUUUUUAAAAACCCA